AGUGAGGUUGUAUCGACGAUGGCGUCCGACAAUAGCAUAGAAGAUCAGUUAUUAUUCACCGAUACGGGACGUCAUUUAAAUAUUAGGAGGUUUGGAUGCCUCAAUCGCCAACUUCCUGCUGGAUGGUCCAUUAUGAAAUUCUCGUUGUUAAUCACCUGUGCUAUUUAUUUCAUCUUAUUCAUCCAGUGGGGCUUUCCACAACACGUCAACACGGGAUAUUCAGUCCAAGUAGAUCGCCGGACCUGCUGUCUUCCUCCCGGAGCAGAUGUUUGCGUGAAAACCAAUUGCACGUUGGCUUGUCCACAGCCAAAGUCUUUGAUUUUUUACAGCCAUCCAACAGAAUCAAUUAUUAAUCAGAAUCAAAAUGCUUUUUUCAUUGAGACAUCGGGCAGUGGUUUGUUGACUAUUCGACAGGCCUGCGCAGUGGAAUCGCUGGCCUUGCACAAUCCGAAUUUGACAGUCAACGUUCUUUUUAUGGACGUGCCAAUCAACACGAGCGUCGUCGUUUUACAACAAUUAAAAGAUAAAUAUAAUAACAUUCAACUGGCCAGUGUCAAUGUGGACAUUUAUUUAGCUGGGACAGCACUGGAACGUUGGUAUCACUGCACGAAUUGGAAGAAGGGCUCGUUCCACGUCAACAACUUGAGCAAUGGCCUCCGUUUGCUAACGCUGCAAAAGUACGGAGGCUAUUACUUCGAUCUCGACAUCAUCUCUGUCCGGCCAGUGACGUUCUAUCGCAAUUUCGUCGCCGUGCAAGAUGCCACUAGUUUGAAUAAUGACGUCAUCCAUGCGGAUAAGGAACAUCCGUUCAUCGAAAUGGCCAUUCAAGAUUUCAUUGUUAAUUUCAACCCCGAAAUUUGGGGACAUAAUGGACCGUCCUUGAUAACGCGCGUUUUACGAAAAUGGUGCAACGUUACGGAUAUCGAAUCGAUGGAUUACGUAACGUGUCGCGGUUUCAACAUUCUGCCGACAACAUCGUUUCAUCCGGUUCACUACGGUCGAAUGAAAACUUUAUUUGCUCAGCCGUUGGCGAAUGAAAGUGGAACUCGUCUCACCUGGCUGACAGAGAGAGUCAUUGGAGUCCACAUAUGGAAUAAAUUAAGUAAAACUCAACCGAUCUACAAGCAUUCGACGCAAGAUUAUAUUCGAUUAGCACGAAUCCAUUGCCCUAAUGUUUUUUCUCUAGCCCCUGAUGUUUUUUAAAAGACUCAUUUUCAUCAACUGCAUCUCAAU